AUGACGCCACAGAUCUUGUAUCUGCCGGACGGCAAGAAGUUCGCCGUCACGCCCGUCUUUGGCGGCAUGGGAUUCAGCAUCCAUGAUCCCAGCAGCCUGCUGCAUCUGUAUCCCGUGGGUUGGAUGACGGCGCUGCACACGGAGGAAGACAAGCUUGAGCAUGACGUCUUCAGAAACGACAACAAUCUUGCCAACAACGAGCAGCAGAAACAAUCCGCCUGGGAACGCGACAAGGACGAGAACGUCCCGCCCAGAGCCAAAAGGCGGACGAAGCCCUUCACCAGGCCUACGCUGCAAAACGACACGCUCUUCAUAUCGUCCAUCUCUAUGCCUUCCAGUGCCGACGUCAAACCAGCCGCCAGUCCUACGAGGGAAAUCGCAAUGAUGCUCUGGAUCACACUGUAUUGGUACUUUCACCAGCCGCCUCCGGACAAGGAGCUGCACACGUCUGCGUCCGAGGACACGCCGCCCGGCGCGAAACCAGUGGGCGAGUGGAAGAUACGCAUCAGGAGGGACGGCGUCUUCCGGGGGCGGAACUUGAUCCCCAAGCUGGAGAGGAUGGGGUUGAUUGCCUCCGAGGACACGGCCGUGGGGACCUGCAUGGACGACAGCGGCGACGGCUGGACCAACAUGUUUGUCUCGAAGCGCAUGUUUUGGCAGAUGCCGCCCAACCUGUUCCUGUUCACGCCCCAGCCGGCGCGGGGCGCCGAGCUUCCCGGGUCUCCUGCCGCCAUGAGCCGCCCCGGCUCCCCCCUGAUGAGCGCUGGUGACACGGGGCGUUCGGACCUGCGUCAGAUGUAUUCCCAGGCGCAGUCUCUGUCUCUGACGUCCGGCGGGGGGCAGUUUGUCGCCGAUGUUCCGGGAUCGCCCAUGCCCACGAGUUUUGCCGCCACGCCCGCCUUGCCCAUCGGGCCGUACUUUUCCUCGUCUCAUCUGCCGACUUACUUCCCGCCGCCGCCGCUGCAGUAUGUCUACACGAACGGCAUGCGCCACCCGUUGCGGCCCAAACCCCCGAGGAUGGGAGAGGUGUUCUACACUCGCUUCGUUGAAAGCGCAGGGCAGUACUUGUCGUUCCGCGUGGCAUCUGUUUCGACUUCGCCGGUCCCCUAUCUCGGACCCGUGGGGCCCAAUCCCCCGGAGCAGACUCACUUGUCCUUUAUGAGUGACAGGGAUCUCCUCCAGUCCUGGUUUGCAGUCCAGAGGGUCAAGGACUUCUGGGGAAACUACACCUCUGAUUUCCUGGAGACGGCACUGUGCGCCAAGCACUCCUUCCCGGUGAUUGGUCUCUGGGACGGCGUUCCCUUUGGAUACUUCGAGCUGUACUGGGUCAAGGAGGACAUUCUCGGUCGCCAUGUAGCUGGUGAGGCGGGAGACUGGGACCGCGGACUACACAUCAUGAUUGGAGAGGAGUGGUCGAGGGGCAGGGUUCGGAACUGGCUCACGAGUUUGGUGCAUUACUGCUUCAUGGGCGAUCCGAGGACCAUGAAUGUGUGUCUGGAGCCAAGGAUCGAUAACAAAAGGAUGCUACGACACCUGGACGCAGCCGGGUUCUCCAAGGAGAAGCAAGUCGCGUUUCCUCACAAACAAGCGUGGUUCGUCAAGCUCCGGCGGGAAUUUUGGGACGGCCCAGCCUCGUAG